UUUCUCUCUCUCUCCGUGUUGCGUCGUCGAGGCUUCAAAGGCCCCUUCUCCCUUUUCCCCUCGAAAAACGAACGGCGAGGGCUCUCUGAUCCCAAAUCCCCAAGCUCUUCUCUAAACUUCGAUCUCGACUCCAGACUCUCUCCCUCUCAUUCAUUCGACGGAUUUUGAGCUCUGAAUCUCUCAUCAGGAGAGUCCGAUUCGAUUUGAAACCUGACAGCUUAGGGUUCCUGUGGGUUUUCGCGAGAAUUUUGGCUGCAAAAAAAAAAAAAAAAAAGAGGUUAUCGUUUUGAUUCUUCAAAUUGAAAAGUUCGAUUCAUCGUCGAUUGCGGUCGGAGCUUGAUAUUCUAGGGUUUCUGUGGCUUUUCUUGCGAAAUUUGGCGGAAUAUGGAAGCUUCUAUGCUGGUUCUCCAAUGGCGGAGGAGGAAAUAGAAGUUUCUGCCACUCAGGACCUUGUUGAGAGAUAGGGGGGAAUCCCUGUGUUUUUCUUCGUUAUUUGGGGGAUCUAGGGUUGAUAGAGAAUGGUAGGGAUGGAUGUAGAAGUAGCCAAGGAUGCGGGUUCGUUUGAUCCUGAGCUGUUGCAGCUACAGGAGGUCUCUUCGAUUGCGCUGAAGGAUAAUCCACAGAUUGCUGAUCAGCUCUAUUCUCAGUGGCUCUCACUCCCGGACACUGCUCGAUUGGUAAAAUCUUUGAUUGAAGAUGCUAAGUCAGGCGUGCCCUUAAACAUUGCUGGGAGCUCCAAUGCUACAAAUUCUACAGCUAGCAAUUCAUUACCCUCCAUGUUCCCUGCAGGCAGUGCACCUCCACUUUCCCCGAGAAGCUCUCCUGGGUCUCCACGCUUUAUGAAACGAGGUUUAGGUGCUGGUCCAUCAUCUCUGGGGUCUCCCCUGAAAAUUAUUAGUGAGCCUUUGAUAGAAGUUAUACCUCAGUUUUACUUCCAAAAUGGACGCCCACCUCCGAAUGACCUGAAAGAGCAAUGCUUAUCUCGAAUUGAUCACAUUUUCUUUGGCCAUAUGGACGGACUUCAAGUUCAAGACUUUAAGACUGUCACGAAGGAAAUCUGCAAGCUACCAUCAUUCUUUUCCAGUGUCCUCUUCAGAAGGAUUGAUGUUGAUUGCAUAGGAACUAUAACAAGGAAUGCCUUCGUCAAGUAUUGGAUAGAUAGCAACUUGAUGACGAGGGACAUAGCUACACAAAUAUUCACAAUUUUGAAGCAACCAGCUCGCAAGUACCUGACUCAGGAGGACUUCAAACCUGUUCUACGAGAACUUUUGGCAAGCCAUCCAGGGUUGGAAUUCUUGCAGAACACGCCUGAGUUCCAGGAAAGAUACGCGGAAACUGUCAUCUACAGAAUAUUUUACUAUGUAAAUAGAUCUGGAAAUGGCCAUCUUACACUGAGGGAGCUUAAACGAGGAAACCUAAUUGCUGCAAUGCAGCAUGCGGACGAGGAAGAAGAUAUUAACAGAGUUUUGCGGUACUUCUCUUAUGAGCAUUUCUAUGUGAUAUACUGCAAGUUCUGGGAGCUGGAUUCUGAUCAUGACUUCUUGAUUGAUAAGGAGAACCUUAUUAGAUAUGGAAACCAUGCGCUUACUUACAGAAUAGUUGAUAGAAUUUUCUCACAGGUUCCAAGAAAAUUUACCAGCAAGGUGGAAGGGAAAAUGGGAUAUGAAGAUUUUGUUUAUUUUAUGCUGGCAGAGGAGGAUAAAUCAUCCGAGCCCAGCCUUGAAUACUGGUUCAAAUGCAUCGAUUUGGAUGGAAAUGGAAUUCUCACAUCCAACGAGAUGCAAUUCUUUUAUGAGGAGCAAUUGCAUCGUAUGGAAUGCAUGGCUCAGGAACCAGUACUUUUUGAAGACAUUUUAUGUCAGAUGGUUGAUAUGAUUGGGCCAGAGAAUGAGAGCUACUUUACUCUGCGUGAUUUGAAGGGCUGCAAACUCUCAGGAAACAUUUUUAAUAUCCUUUUUAAUCUCAACAAGUUCAUGGCAUUUGAAACUCGUGAUCCAUUUUUAAUUCGUCAGGAGCGGGAAGAUCCGACAUUGACAGAAUGGGACCGGUUUGCACACAGAGAGUACAUCAGGCUUUCUAUGGAAGAUGAUGCUGAAGAUGCCUCCAAUGGAAGUGGGGAUGUCUGGGAUGAAUCACUCGAGGCUCCUUUUUGAGUUGAACUCAGUUGCAGGUAGUUAGUCUUGUCACUGCUUAUGCUCAAAGCUCCCCGGAAACAGUACCAUAAAUUGCAUGGAGGGCGAUGCAUUGGCGGCAGAGGCACGGCCUUGUCAAAAUCCCCAGCAUGACCAACACCGGUUAAUACUCAAUACUUUACAACUGAUCUCUGAUGGACAGAUAUUUUGUUGCUGAGGCAAAAAAGUACAUAAAGGUUACAGGCUCUGUAAGGCUCUUGGGUGGACCAUCUUUCUAAGGCCAAGCAAGGGAGAGAGCGGGGCAAGCUUGAAGGCCUUUUCUGAUCCAUCAUGAAAAACUGGAUAAUUAUAGACAUUGGUUUUAUAGUUGCCAUAGAAUUAGAAUUAAUGGUUGGUUGGCUUUUUUUUUGUUCUCUUUUCUAUUCCCCUGUAAAAAUUAUUUCAGUAUGGGCUGGUGUUGAUGUAUUCUGCUUAUCUGGCGGUUUUCCUUUGGCAUUUUUAUUCUCUUUAUUGGAUUUAUAUAAUAAGGAAAGGUAAACGAACUAUCCUUUA